AUGGCUUCUUGUGUUGAAUUUUUCUUCUGGCUUUUGAUGAUACUUUUGUGUCCAUGGUCUCACUUGUUAAGCUGUGGCAGCUCGGAUUUGUUUCAGCCCGACUACUUGAUGGUGCCAGUUUCGGAGUUUUCAAGCUCGCUCGAGGAUGCAAUCAACGCAAUCCAGAAUGUUACCUCCACUGUUUCCCAGUUCAGCCAUGUCUCCAACGAUUUCCAUUUGUCUAAUGCCAUUUCUGAUUGCCUUGAACUGCUUGAUUUAUCGGCUGAAUUGUUAGAUUGGACGCUCUCAGCUUCUCUGAAUCCUGAUGACGGUACUCGUUACGGUACAGGUGAUUUAGGUUUUGAUUUCAGGACGUGGUUGAACGGUGUGCUGGUGAAUGAAGACACCUGCUUAGAAGGUUUUGAUGGCACCAGAGGGACGAUCAAAAGCCUGGUGGAAGAGAGACUCAGCCAAGUGACCUCCUUAGUCACUAGCAUUCGUGACACCGUACAUUUACCACCUGAUUCCAUGGGUGGCGGCAACCAUGAACAAACUUUUCCCUCUUGGCUUAAACACGAAGAAAAGAAACUCUUGCUCCAACCCCUUGACAAGGGUUCAGCUGAUGUGGUCGUGGCAGCCGAUGGCACUGGGAAUUUCACUAAAAUUAGUGAUGCAAUUAACCUCGUCCCUAAACGUUCUUCCAAGCGGUUUGUAAUAUACAUGAAGCGAGGCGUAUAUCAAGAGUACGUGGAAAUCGACAAGAAGAAAUGGAAUGUAGCGUUGAUUGGAGAUGGCAUAGAUGCUACAGUAAUAACUGGCAAUCGAAACGCGGCCGAUGGCUUUAAAUCUUACAAGUCUGGCACCUUCCGUGUAAAAGGCCGAGGAUUCAUUGCUCGAGAUAUUACGUUCCAAAACACCGCAGGACCUCAAAAGGCCCAAGCAAUCGCAUUUCUAUCCGAUUCUGACUUAUCAGCCAUUUACAGAUGUGCAUUCAGGGGAUAUCAAGACACCCUUUAUGCCCACAACCUGCGCCAAUUCUACAAAAGUUGCCUGAUCACUGGCACCGUGGAUUUCAUCUUCGGUCGUUCCACUGCUGUCUUCCAAAGCUGCCAAAUCCGUGCCCGAAAAGGCCUCCCACAGCAAAAGAACGCCAUCACAGCUCAAGGCCGGAAGGAGCCUGGUGAUGGUUCAGGCUUCUCUAUCCAAUUCUCGCACAUAUCGGCCGAGCCAGAUGUUACAGCGGCCAAUAUAGAGACAUAUCUCGGAAGGCCCUGGAAAUUGUACUCCAGAACGGUUAUCCUGCAAUCGUACAUUAGCAGUGCAAUUCAUCCCAAGGGAUGGCUACCGUGGAACGGGAGUUUUGCACUUGAUACUCUAUAUUAUGGGGAGUAUAUGAACUUUGGACCAGGAGCUCGCUUGGACAAUAGAGUCAAUUGGCCUGGAUUCCAUGAGAUUCAAGACCCAUCCGUGGCUAACAAAUUUACCGUGGCUAAAUUUAUUUUGGGAGAUUCAUGGUUGCCUUCCACUGGCAUACAGUACACAGACGGAUUGCAGGCGUGA